AUGCCUAUCCAUGCAAAUGUUGGAAUAUUUGCAAAAAAGAUGAUGAUUUUAGUGUUUCUGCCUCAUACAAUAUGCAAAGCACAUGCAGAGAGCUGCACUGUAGUUGAACCAAUUCCUAUUCUACACAAAUAUUAUCAGUCAGGUAAUUUCAUCAUUGGUGGCAUUAUUCCUCAAAUCCUUAGGCCAUAUAAUCCAAUAGACUUCAGUGAGCAUCCCCAUCAUGCAAUGAUUGAUGAGCUAAUAGCAAUCAUCCUUAGGGUGCUCUCAAUAGGAGAAGGUAAACAUUUCCAAACAUUGCCUCUCUCAGUUUGCAAUCACAAUUGUCAAAUGGGCUAUAGACGAAAAAGUAUUGAAGGAAAGCCAUUUUGCUGCUAUCAUUGCAAUCAAUGUCCUGAAGGGAAAAUUUCCAACAGGAAAGAUAUGGAUGACUGCUUUAAAUGCAAAGAAGACCAAUAUGCAAACAAAGAUCAGUACUUAUGUCUUCCUAAAGUCAGUACUUAUCUAUCUUAUGGAGACCCUUUGGGAAUGAGUUUAGUUUUAUCUAUUACUGCUUUUGCUGUCCUCACAGCUCUGGUGCUUGGAAUCUUUAUGAAGCAUCACAAUACUCCUAUUGUCAAAGCCAACAACCGAGAUCUCACUUAUAUUCUCCUCAUCUCUCUCCUUCUUUGCUUCCUUUGUUGUUUGUUGUUUAUUGGCCAACCCACAAAAAUAACAUGUCCCCUACGACAAAUGAGUUUUGGAAUCAUCUUCUCAGUAGCAGUUUCUUGCAUGUUAGCAAAAACCAUCAUAGUGGUUCUGGCUUUCAUGGCCACCAAGCCAGGAAGCACCAUGAGAAAAUGGAUGAAGAAAAGUCUAGGGAGUUCCAUUGUACUUUCCUGCUCCUUGAUUCAAACAUGUAUUUGUGCCGUAUGGCUUGUAACCUCCCCUCCCUUCUCAGAUGUUGACAUGCAUUCAGAAGUUGAAUAUAUAAUACUGGAAUGCAAUGAAGGCUCUUUGAUAAUGUUUUAUUGUGUCCUAGGCUAUAUGGGUUUCCUAGCUAUUGUAAGUUUUACUAUAGCUUUCUUUGCCAGAAACUUACCAGGUGCUUUCAAUGAAGCCAAAUUCAUCACGUUCAGCAUGUUGGUAUUUUGUAGUGUAUGGUUAUCCUUUAUUCCAGCUUAUUUAAGUUCUAAGGGGAAAUACACGGUAGCUGUGGAGAUCUUCUCAAUCUUAGCUUCUACUGUUGGGUUGCUGGGUUGUAUUUUUUUCCCCAAAUGCUUCAUAAUUUUAUUAAAACCUCAAUUAAAUAACAAAGAUCAGUUAAUAAGAAGAAUAACAUAA